GUCGUUCCUCUCGGCUGCUGCAGGACUCGCGGCGUCACUUUGUUUUUCACUCUCGUCUCAGAGUCUGUCCUCUCAGAAUCUGUCGUCUCAGAGUUUGUCCUCUCAGAGUCUGUCCUCUCAGAAUCUGUCCUCUCAGAGUGUGUCCUCUCAGAGUCUGUCCUCUCAGAGCCUGUCGUCUCAGAGUUUGUCCUCUCAGAGCCUGUCCUCUCAGAGUUUGUCCUCUCAGAGCCUGUCCUCUCAGAGUUUGUCCUCUCAGCAGGUCCGUCAUGCUCCAUCACUUUCUUCUCCCAGUGUUGGCGCUGAUCUCAUUAGCUGUGCAGCUGCUGGUUGCUAUGGAGACCUGCCCAGCCACCGGGGUGCCGGGCAUACCAGGAAUGCCCGGACUGCCCGGCAGAGACGGUCGUGAUGGUCUGAAAGGACAGAAAGGCGAACAAGGAGCAGAGCGGAACUUCGGCCUCGGCCCACUGACGGGGGUGAAGGGGGAGCCGGGGCCGAUGGGUUUCCCGGGGAAACGAGGUGAGAGCGGCGAGCCGGGGGAACCUGGGGAACCAGGACAUGAAGGCCCUCUCGGAGAACCCGGAGACCUCGAUACCCAGGGGGGCCAGCAGAGGGCGGCGUUCAGCGUGGCCAGAGCAACCACGGAAAACCCGAGCAGUUCCGGCCCCAUUCGCUUCACGACCGUCAUCACCAACAUCGACAACGACUACGACGUCGAGACGGGAUGCUUCAGGUGUCGGGUCUCGGGGACGUACUACUUUGUGUUCCACGCGUCGAUAGAAGAUCGUCUGUGUGUCGUGAUGAAGAUGAAUGGAACUGAGCUUGCGAUGUUCUGCGAUCAUCGCCGUGACAACAGACAGGUGACCUCCGGCGGCCUGGCGGUCUACAUGUCCCAAAAUCAGCAGGUUUGGUUGGAGAUCAAAGACUACAGAGGGAUGACGGGGAAACCGAGCGGUUACAGCGUCUUCUCCGGCUUCCUGCUGCGCCACCACUGAUCAACAGGGCAGGAAACAAACAAAUAAACACAUAAACAAAUAAACAAACAACGAAGUCGUCUUUUUCACUGUCCAGCAAGGAAAAAUAACAAACAUAUUUUAUCCUUCUGGUGUUUAGUAACUGGUCGUGAGGACCUGGAUUGUGGUUCUGGUUUCAGGUGUCGCCUGAGAACAAAGACCGGCCCGAUCAGUUGAGCCCUGAGCAAACAUCUCGACAGCUCUGCUAUUCCCUUUAUUCCCUAUUAUUUUGAAAACGGCAGGAUCAUGUUUGAGCAUGGAAAAACACAUACUUGGAUUUGUAUUGUGAAAACUUUGGAGUCGUGCACGG